AGCGGGUCUGCGGCACAGCAGCUCCGAGGCGGUGUAUUCCUCAUGUUUUUACACGAUACAAGCUGAUGCCGCAACUUCCGUUAGGACCAACGGUCCGAGGCUGCACGUCUAAGCAAAGAUGCACAAGUGAACCAGCCGUCGUUAGCCGCAGUUAGCCUCCUCCCCCCUCAGGGGAAAGUAGUUUCUUUCUUUCUCGUCGUGAGGGAUUAAAUCUCUUGCUUUAAAUAUGGACAAAAUCAAGGAUCUGUGGCUCUUUCUCCAGGACCCGGUGUUGGUGGCCCGCUUUCAGAAACUUUGCGGGGUCCGGGGGACGUUUUCGGGAGCGCGCAGCGGCAAGGUAGAAACGGAGCGGGCGCAUGCGCACAAUAACGGGGCGCCCCAGGGGGGAGCCGGGGACGGGGCGCAUGUGCACAAUAACGAGGCUCCCCAGGGGAGAGCCGGGGAGGGGGCGCACGCGCACAACAGCGAGGCUCCCCAGCGGGGAGCCGGGGCUGCGGGAGCCGGGGAUGGGGCGCUCCGUCCCCGGCUGCAGCGCCAGGGCAGCACCGUCACACCCCUCCGCAGGAACUCCCUGACGGGCGAAGCCGGCCACGAGUUCGUGAUCGAGAACCGCCUGCUGUUCUACCUGUUCACGUUCGGGACGGAGCUGGGCAACGAGCUGUGCUACAUCACCUUCUUCCCCUUCCUGCUGUGGAACGUGGACGCCUUCGUGAGCCGGCGGCUCGUCAUGGUCUGGGUGUGGGUCAUGUACGUGGGCCAGUGCACCAAGGACGUGUUCGGCUGGUCCCGGCCCGCCUCCCCGCCCGUGGUCAAGGUGGAGAUGUUCUACAACUCCGAGUACAGCAUGCCGUCCACGCACGCCAUGUCCGGCACGGCCAUCCCCUUCUCGCUGUUCGUGAUGACCUGCGGCCGCUGGGAGUACCCGUCCACGCUGGGCUUCAGCUUGGCGCUCUGCUGGUGUGUGCUCGUCUGUUCCAGCCGGAUCUACAUGGGAAUGCACUCACUCCUGGACAUCAUAGCUGGCGUCCUCUACAGCGUCCUGAUCCUGCUGGUCUUCCUGCCGGCUCUGGACCUGAUCGACAGCUUCAACCUGAGCUACCGCUACGCCCCUCUCAUCAUCGUGUGCCUCCACCUGGGCCUGGGCCUGUUCUCCUUCACCCUGGACACGUGGAGCACGUCCCGGGGGGACACGGCCCAGAUCCUGGGCUCGGGGGCCGGCGUGGCCCUGGCGUCCCACGUCAACUACCACCUGGGCCUGCUGCCGGACCCCACCCCGGAGCAGCUGCCCCUCACCAUGCCGGCCCUCAGCGCGGGCCUGGUGGCCACGGCGGCGCUGCGCUUCCUGCUGGGGGUGCUGGUGCUGCUGGCCACGCGGGCCCUCAUGAAGGCCCUCACCAUCCCGCUGGUGUGCUGGCUGGUGGGGGUGCCCAGCACCGACGUCAGGGAGGCCCGGCAGCACAUGGAGGUGGAGCUGCCGUACCGCUACGUGGUGUACGGGACCGUGGGCUUCAGCGUGCUGUUCCUGGUGCCGCUGCUGUUCACCGUCCUGCAGCUCUCAUGAUGACGCUGUCUCUGUGUCCAGGAGAGAAGCCUCACCGUGUCCAGAGCUGUCCCCGCCCACACCCUCGCCCUGGGGCCAAUACACACUCGUCCCCAUCCAUCAUUUCAUCCAGAGUCGGGAGCAGCUGCUGCUUCCCUUGCACCCUAAGACCUCGGGGUUGUUCCCUCUCGCCGUCUCGCUGCCUCAUAGUCCGUGUUC